GUGACGAGCGGCGAAUCCUUCGAGCGGACCGACACGAAGGGGGCGCACGUGGUGACCUCGAACACUUCGGCGACAGUUCUGGGGCCAGCACGCUGACAGCGGACGGGCGAGAAAGUGUCACGCAGCCCAGUAGCGGUGAGCUCAACGGGCGCCUUUGACUCGCUGAUUCUCCAUGAAGGAAACUAGCCGUCGCAUAGGAGCUGGUGGUGGCUUUAAGUGCGCUCGGAGAGUCUGCAUCACAGCACUGCCCCUAUGUCUGAAGAAGAGCAGCGUAAUGUUGGUUUGAUGGAAAACAGUCACUACGAAGUAGGAAUUUAAAAUAGUGGUACAACCGAUAGAGCUUUUUGCCAAGUAACAUUGCCACUCUUAUUUAGCAGCAAAUUCAAAGCUGGCGACCAAUCUCGAGGAAUUACAUAUCACGAGAAUCUGUGGGCGAAGACAUCCGCUUCACGAUCGCCCAUCUUCAUUGCCACUACGAAUUGAAGCAGAGAUGCGCAAUUUAGUGCAGACUCAUCGAUCUGUCAUUCCUGAACGCUCCGUUGCUUAUUCUUUCUCACUUUUUUGCGAUUAGAAUUUGUGCACCAUAGCAUCCUUGUUGAAGCUGGACUGACUGCAAUUGUAUUGACAGCGCUUCGACAUUUUUCGUGGGAUCAAAAACUGGACUUGGGCAAGAAUCACACUAAGGACUUGUCUGAAAAAAAGGUUCUGUUGUUGCUUAGUGGUUCAUGAAAAGAGCUCCCUCUUUCGUUCACCACGUCCAAGAGAAGCCAAGUCCGAGGAUUUCAGCAUUUUGAACCGUUGGUAUUGUUGCAUAGAAGUAUAGAAGGGCGCUGAGUUUUGCGACAAGCACUGACACCUAUAUAAGUGUUGCUUUCGUUCUAUUGUACCGCCUUGUCAGCUGGUACAUAAACAUUGUCCAACAAACAUUGUCAGCUGGUACAUAAACAAGGAGAGGGUGCCAGACGACCGCGCAGCUCCUGAUGCCAGUCCUCGAACGUCAUCGGCCCUUUUGGUUCUCGCCGUCCCAACCGAGUCACGGGCGAGCUGCCUGAAGUCAAACUCCGCGAUUUCGUCCAACGUUGUUUCCACGAGCUUUCCUUGUGAUCGUGCAUGCGCAAAAUGAAGCUGCGAAGGAUUAGGUGCCUCGGUGAUCGUACAAUACACCAACUCGCACUAAUAGGGCCGCGUUUGCCGAAUCAUUCGAACAAGGAAAUCAUCAACGGCGCGUCGAUGAAAGGGUUCAACUAGGGGGCUUGUAUGCUCCAAGAACUAAGGGGAGCCGCAACGAGCCGCCCUUGGCAGGCGAAGGUAGACAACGGAAAUUUUCCUCUUUGUUCUAUGGGCGCAUUUCGGGAGGCUGCAUAUCGAAGAUUGUGGGUGACUAGGGAAGAUGCUACUGUGUAAAGAAGAAGGAAAACUCAAUGCCCAAUCUUAAAGCACGUUGCAAAGGAUGAUGCGUGAUGAAAGUGACUAGUUUAAUUGUGGAAAUGCUAUCAGGUUUUCAUUAUUACAGUAUUAUCGUGCGCGCUUGAUUUCCUCCAACCGUGGCUGCUGGUUAACCGAAGCCAAAUAGUUACUUAUCGGUGGUAGUGUGCUGAACAGUGCGUCUCAAACGAGCAGGCUGCGAACCAUGUUUGCAAGCGGUGCCCGCAGAGCAAUUGAAACCAUCGGCUACAGAGGGAAGAAGAAAGAAAAAGCCAUCGAUGAUUUGGAGAUGACCGUGGUCCGCUGCAAGCCCGAGACCAUCAGUGCCCUCUGCAAGUCCACGAAAUUCAGCAAAGAAGAAAUCAAAAGAAUCUAUCAAGGAUUCAAACAGUCCUGUCCGAGUGGCCUUGUGAGUGAAAACACCUUCAAGGAUAUGUACUGCCAGUUCUUCCCACUCGCAGACACCACACUGUACGCGCACUACGUCUUUAAGGCUUUGGACAAGGACAGGGCCGGUGCCAUUAACUUCAAGGAGUUCGUGAUGGGCUUGUCAGUGCUAUCGCGUGGGUCACCGCAAGAAAAGCUUCAGUGGGCCUUCAAUCUGUACGACAUCAACAAGGACGGUGCGGUUACCCGUGACGAAAUCUUCGAGAUCAUCUCGUCUGUGUACAGCUUACUGGGACACUAUGCGGCACCACACCCCGACGACCAGUCUGCAAGGGAUCAUGCAGCCAGGGUCUUCCAGAAACUGGACCUGAACAAUGACGGCAUCGUUACGUACGACGAAUUCAUCGAAACCUGUUUACUGGACGAAAACAUUGUUAAAUCUCUGAACGUCCUGGACACCGUGCUGGACUGAAAGGUGCUUUCUUCAGUGCCGCAUGCCAGUUGCUGACAGCUGGGCUCCACCAUAGAAGAUGGGUGUCAGUAAUUGUGCGGAUUACUUCCACAUAUUUCGUUCCAUCCUCAGCGCUGCCUGGACCCGAGCCAUCGUCUCUCACAUUGCACAGUCAUAGAGCAUCCCACCUCUGAUUCCUCUUCUGUCAAGAAUUCUUCGGCAGUGCUCGGCCAAGCUCUUUUUCAUGUGGCAGAACCUGCAUACAAGCAAAAGCACAUGGAAAAAGUCCUACACAUUCUCUGCCCUUACCUGCAAGUUCUUUCUUCCGCCUGGGCACUUUUGUGACAAUUACUCCAGCCAGUGAUGGCCGCUUUUUGCCACCAUUCUCCAUUGUUGGUAGAAGACAGAGCACCAUGGCGCCUCUAGAGAUACCAGUUCACAUUUCUUCGGUAUCUACAAAUUCACCUAUCUUGCUUCAGAAGCAUUCUGUAGGACUAAGUGGUGCUUUCCGUAGAUUUUUGCUAUACUUUCAUUUACGUUUUUCAUCAUGUAGAUGAUUGUGAUUAUGAAAAAAGGUCUCACGUGACCUCUUAGUACGACAUCAGUGAUAGGCAUCACAAAUUGCAUUAAGAUAUCCACACACAAGACGCGAGUUACACAUUCAGGAACUCAUAUACUUCGCUCACAAUCUCUGUUGCCGCAUUCAGUCUUUCCAGUAUUUCACACAACAGUAAUAGUGUUCUCUAUUGAGGCCAACUCCAGGCAUUGUACGUUAGAAGAACUAAUUUUUUUAACUGUUGAUCAUGGCGUAACCUACACGUUGUGGGUCAUCGCUGACAGAGGUAAGAAAUAUUUAAAUCUGGAAAAGCAUAACCCACUUACUGUAAAUAAUAACUUCAACCCACUUAGCUGGCAUGCAUUCUUUGUUCCCGCGUCAUACCUUCCGGUCUUCACUUCAGUGCCAGAGCCUUUAAGAAGCUGCAUCUCAAGUGCGUGAAAUGUACCAUAUAUGCUCAGAGGCGUGGGAAGCCAGGAAAAAAGGCGACUGUUGUUGUUGCGGGAAAUCUAAGCUGUUCGACUGCGAGAUCUUUACAUUGUUCACGUUGACCGAAGACCCUGAGGCGGUGUUUUGUUGAUAACAGGAAAUAAUGAAGUUUUUUUUUUACCACCAAGGCAAGCAUAACAAUCUGUACGUGCACGGCUACGGCCAUACCUGACCUGGAUCUCAAUCCUGUAGACCCCAGUCUUGUGGGUCUUCGAACAUCUGUUGUGUUGCAUCUUAUCACGUUACUAAUAAACUGUUAAUCCAAUUUAAAUAAAAUCUUCACCAAAACAGAGAA